CCCGUAAAUUCAAGGCUUCACCGCUUUCAGCACACCCCGCAAUAAGCUGCAGAAUCCUUAGAAGUCCCAACCCAGCCGCAAAUAAAAAAGAAAAAGUCCGAAGUUGAAGCCAUAUCCACCAACAACAAAGCCACAACCCAAAUUUAGACUCAUCCUCAACCUCGACCUCAACUCACAGCACCUCACCUCAAUUCGGCAGUCGCAACCCACUCCCAUUCAAGAUGUCGAAUCUAGCGGCGGGCGACGCCCAGCUCUUCGAGGACACCUUCACGAUCACGGAGCACGACCAGUCCAAGUACGACCGCGUGGCGCGCAUCGUCGCCACCUCGACCGACAACCAGACCACCAUGUCGCUCGACAUCAACACCGAGCUCUUCCCCAUCCGCCCCGGCGUCAACGUCGAGGUCCUGCUGGCCACGAGCCUCAGCCUCGACGGCAACAAGGACGAGGAAGAAGAGAAAGGGUGGCGCCACGUCCGCGGCGAGAGCACCCUCGCCGACAUGUACGACUACGUCUGCUACGGCAAGAUCUACAAGUUCGAGGACGGGGACGGACAGACUAUUCGCGCGUACAUAUCGUUCGGUGGAUUGUUAAUGCAGAUCGAGGGUCCCUACAAGAAGUUGACCCCCUUGCGCGUCGAGAACGCCUACCUCCUGAUCAAGAAAUGAUCUGUCACCCAAGCAUAUCUCACAUCCCGUCAACGAGUUCACGGCAUAUUACGAAUUGACCAUGGGAAUUCGAAUUUGGAAGGCGCAGGCGUAGAAGGGGAAGCAUCAUUGCAUAAUCGCAUUUUACGGU